AUGAAUAUUCGCCUGUCGGACCAGGAGACUGCUAUCAUCAAUGAACAGAUCAACAAUCCACCGGCAACGGAGAUCAGCUACUUCAGUCUUUUCCGCUAUGCGACUCGAAGGGACCUCGUCGUCAUUUCCAUUAGCACAUGCUGUGCUAUUGUUGGAGGUGCUUCGCUACCUAUCAUGAACCUCGUCAUUGCUUCUAUCGUUGGGAAUCUCGCCGGGCUUUACCAAGGACAGACAUCUAACUUCGCCCCAGACAUGAGCCGGCUGACUCUCUACCUCGUGUACCUCGCAAUCGGACAAUUCUGCGCGAUAUCAAUCACGGUCCUGGGAUUCACUUCUAGCGCCGAGAAGAUUACCAGCCAGAUGCGCUAUCACUAUCUGACAAGCUUGUUGAGGCAGAACGUUGGGUUUUUCGAUCAGACUGGUGCUGGAGAGAUCACAACGAGGAUUACCAGCGACAUGAACAUGGUGCAAGAUGGGAUAUCGGAGAAAUUGGGAAUGUCAAUCAAAGGCAUUUCGACCCUCGUCACUGCGUAUGCGGUGGGGUUCACUGUACAAUGGAGGUUGACCUUGGUGCUCACAUCGGCAGUUCUGGCGAUUUCUGGAACUCUGGGCGGACUGGGCCAUUUCGUGAUAAGAUGGAGCAGGAAGUCUUUGUCUUGCUAUGCUGAGGGCGGAUCUCUUGCAGAAGAGGUCAUGGGUCCAGGAUCGAUGCGCAACGUUCUGGCAUUCGGUAUGCAGGAGAGACUGGCAGGCCAAUAUGACCAUCACCUGCAAACAGCGGAGAAAUUUGGUUUUCGGAUGAGGAGUUCCGUGGCUGUCAUGGCGGGCAUUCUCAUGUUCUGCAUCUAUUCGACGUAUGCUUUGGCAUUUUGGGUUGGAAGUCGUUAUCUAGUCGCGGGUGAGGCGAACUUGAAGGAUAUUCUCACCGUCCUUCUUUCGAUCACGAGCGGCGCAUUCGCUGUCGGACAUGCCAUACCAUAUCUGCAAACCUUUGGGACAGCCAGAGCCGCCGCGUCCAAGAUUUACAGUACGAUUGCUAGGCGUUCCCCUCUGGAUCCAGCAUCUGUGCAGGGUCUCAGCAUUGACCCCUUGACCCUACAGGGUGCCAUUGAGUUCCGUGGUGUAAGACAUAUUUAUCCGUCGAGACCACAUGCCGUUGUCCUCGAAGAUCUAAACCUCAUCCUGCCGGCCGGGAAGACCACUGCGAUACUAGGUCCCUCGGGAUCCGGGAAGAGUACCAUCGUUGGCCUCCUCGAACGCUUUUACAAUCCAGUUGGUGGGCAGAUAUUACUGGAUGGUGUCAAUAUUCAGGACGUCAACAUACGAUGCCUUCGACAGCAGGUCGGAUUGGUAACUCAAGAACCGGUACUUUUCGACACCACAGUAGCAGAGAACAUAGGCUUCGGGCUUACUGGAUACGAUAGCUUGGAGACCACACCGCGUUACUCACUUUCCGAUGACCAGGCCAUGGAAAUGGUCCAAGAGGCUGCCAAAAUAUGCAAUGCUGAUGAGUUCAUUCGCCAGCUUCCUAACGGCUAUCGCACCAUGAUCAACGACGAUCUACUCUCUUGUGGACAGAAGCAGCGCAUCGCGAUUGCCAGAGCAAUUGUGUCGAAUCCAAAGAUCCUCAUACUUGAUGAACCCACUUCAGCGUUAGACAAUAAGAGCGAACAAGCUGUCCAGACUGCCCUGAGAAACGCGGGAAGCGGCAGAACGACAGUGAUUGUGUCGCAUCGAUUGAGCACUAUCUGUGAUGCUGACAACAUUGUGGUCAUGGAACAGGGCUGCGUCGUGGAACAGGGGACACACGAGCAACUGUUACAGCGGCAAGGAGCCUAUUCACGGUUGGCCAAAACCCAGCUCCAUAGUCGACCAGAGAUUCCUCCACGGCAAGGAUACAACAAUGACGAGGCUCUUGCAGCAAGCGAGGCGAACGAAGAAGAUCUGACUGAAAAGCCGUUGAGCGGGCUCUCCACCGAUUUCGAGCCCAGAACGCCUGCGUCGUCAAUCCCCAUACUUGUGGAGCAGCCGUCCCUGUGGUCACUUAUCAAGUUCGUCGCUUCUCUCAAUAAGCCGGAGUGGCACAUUCUGCUCGUGGGCGUAUUCUGCUCGAUAUUCUGUGGUGCCGGCAAUCCAGUUCAGGCCAUCCUCUUUGCCAAGUGCAUCGCAGCAUUGUCUCUCCCAGCUACUCGCUUUGGCGAGCUACGCUCAGAGAUCUACCGUUGGACCAUCCUCUUUCUUGUUUUGGCUCUGGUAGAACUGUGUUUCCAUGUGUCUGAAGGCAUCUCGUUCGCCUGGUGCAGUGAGAAGCUCGUUCGUCGAGCAAGGGAGCAGUCUUUCCGCAUUAUACUUGGGCAAGAGACGGCGUAUUUCGAAGAGCGCUCCGCUGGAUCCCUUACGUCCUUCCUCAGCACAGAAACAACAUAUCUAGCAGGCAUGUCCGGAGUCACGUUAGGAACGAUUACCAAUGCCGUAUCUACACUGUGCAUUGGCUGUAUCAUUGCCGUCGUCAUCGGCUGGAAGCUUGCACUGGUCUGCAUGACAACGAUGCCUAUCGUCUUGAGUUGCGCAUUCCUCCGAUUUUGGGCCACGAGUCGACUACACAGUACUGCUAUGAAAGCAUACAGCGCAUCGGCUUCGUAUGCUUGUGAAAGCAUUUCCGCAAUUCGCACUAUAAGCUCCCUCGCGCUUGAAGAGCAAGUCACCAAACGCUACCGUGAUCAAUUGACAAAGCAAUGCCGCACUCUUAAGUCCACGCUCUGGACCAGCGCUUUGUAUGGAGCUGCCGAAGGCUUGAUGACUCUUUGCGUCGCGCUGGGCUUCUGGUUUGGAGGUAGACUGAUGGGUGAAGGCGAGUACACGAUAUUUCAAUUCUUUGCUGCUUUCAUGGCCGUUGUAAACGGCUCAGAAGCAGCUGGUACAGUGUUCAGCUUUGCACCGGAUAUAGGCAAGGCGAAGCAUGCUGCUGCUGAAAUCAAGGUUCUCCUCGAGCGCAUUUCCCCGAUUGAGAAAGCUGGCGGGGACCCGGUUUUGUCAGUGCAAGGCGACGUCGAGUUUCGCAACGUACAUUUUCGAUACCGAAAUCGCGAGAAUAUGGUUCUGAGAGGGCUCGAUUUGAAGAUACGGGCAGGUCAGUAUGUGGCAUUGGUCGGCUCAAGCGGCUGCGGGAAGACGACGACCAUCUCGAUGAUUGAACGGUUCUAUGAUCCUCUGAUUGGUCAAGUCCUCGUCGAUGGCAAAGACAUUCGCAGCCUCGAUGUGAAGACAUAUCGCAGCCAUAUUGCGCUGGUAUCGCAAGAGCCGCGAUUGUACCAGGGUACGAUCAAGGACAAUAUCCUUCUGAGCGUAGGCGCAACACCCGUCUCCGAUGGAGCUCUCGAACAAGCUUGUCGUGAUGCAAAUAUCUACGACUUCAUCAUGUCAUUGCCAGACGGCUUCGAAACGAAUGUCGGGAGCAAGGCUGUCAUGCUGUCUGGUGGACAGAAGCAGCGCAUUGCGCUUGCUCGAGCAUUCGUACGUAACCCGUCCAUUCUUCUUCUAGACGAAGUCACGAGUGCCGUUGAUGCUAUCUCUGAAGAAGCGGUACAGGCCGCACUGGACAAGACUCGUCGUGGUCUCACAACCAUCGCCAUUGCCCACCGACUGUCGACGAUACAAAAAGCCGAUGUCAUUUAUGUCUUGGACGAAGGCCAGGUGGUAGAGUCUGGAAGCCAUGAAGAACUGAUGGACCGAAGAGGAAAGUAUUCUGAGCUAGUACAGACGCAGAACGGGGAAGUACGUUGGUAA